AUGAAUCUUUUACUGAGAAGGGUGGUUAAGGAUGCCAAGUGUCCUCUUUGUUUAAAUGAAGAUGAAUCUAUAAUGCAUGCUAUCUGGGAAUGCCCUGCUGCUAUUGAUGUUUGGGCAGAGAAGGGUAACCCAGUUCAUAAGUGGAGGGUGGGGAUAGGGGAUUUUUUUCAACUUUGGGAGGAAAUGAACAGCAAGCUUUCAACUGAACAUCUAGAGUUAAUGGUUAUGAUUAUGAGGAAUAUUUGGUAUAGAAGAAAUAAAUAUGUUUUUGAGAAAAAAUUCUUGGAUCCUGCUAGUGUUUUGCAGGUGUCUUUGUCAGGAUGGGAGGAUUUUAAGUUGGCAACAGGGAGGGAGGAAGGUGCAAUAAAUCAGAGUGUAAAGAGGGGGGUCGCUGGAGGUAAGGAAUGGAAAAAGCCAGUUGGCUCCUUUCUAAAAGCUAAUUUUGAUGCUGCAAUUAAUAUCUCUUCAAAGAAGCUGGGCGUUGGGGUGGUUAUCAGAGAUGACAGAGGGGAGCUUGUUGCUGCUUGUUCUGCUAUUAGAGUGUUCAGUAGUGUUGCUUAUGUUGCUGAAUGCUAUGCUCUUUGGGAAGCUAUGGUCCUCUGUGAAGAGUUGGGACUAGGUGCUGUCAUUUUUGAAGGGGAUGCCAAGGGUGUAAUUGAGGCUGUGAGCAAAGAGGAGAAAAAUGAUUCAUGUUGGGGUCAUCUGGUGGAGGGAUUGCAGCAGAAGUUGAGAAUGUUUGACAGAUGGGAAACUGGCUUUGUGCAUCGAGAGGGUAAUGAGGUUGCUCACCAAUUGGCAAAACUGGCUAUACAUGGGGAGUGUGAUAUGUACUGGGUAGAAGAGGGUCCUGAAUUGAUUACUAAUCAAUUACUCAUAGAUAAAUUGUACAUGGAUACUGAUACAAGAUGUUAA